AUGGAUCUACUGCAGGGCGAAAGCAUCCAACUGAACAUGGUACCAGGUCAUCGCAUGCGGUUAUGGGCUUCAUACUUGGGAGAAAUGUACUCACUGGAUAUGACAAUCCCUGAAGAAAAGCAAGAUCUCCAAGUGGUUGCGUUGAAUACAGACACUGGUUCUUCUGAGUUGCUUUUGGGUAUCCAUUGGAGCACUGAACACGGAGAUCUGAAAGCAUACCUAUACGCGCCAUUCUGGCUCGUCAAUAACACUUCAAUGACAUUGAAGCACAUGUUUUCCCAAAAUGGAGCACUUACUCUCACUAGUUUUCCUUCGGAGCUUCUAGGAAAGCGGAGGGAACUUGCUGCGAAAUACGACACAGUGUAUGCCCUGCAGAAAGGCCCAACCUUCGCAACAGGUGAAGAAAAGAAUGUGCUGGUGGAUGAGGCUGGUGCUUGGUCAGAAGAGUUCCCUCUUGAUACUGUUGGAAACCCGGCUCGUAUUACUUGCAAAGGAAAAGACAGAGACUUUGAGCUUACUGUGGAUAUCAAGCUUUGCCAAUCUGGUUUGACAAAAAUAGUUACUUUCUGUCCGUUCUAUCUGGUCUCCAAUCUUGGAAAAUGGGACAUGCAGGUCAGGGAAGAGGGGCAGUCAACAUGGGUAGACGUACCAGCAGAAAAGGUCGACAACGAUAAUAUAGGCAUAGGAGUAUGCGUUUCUACCUCAGAAUCAUCCGUGGCUAUCCAUUUAACGCCGUUCCAACCUGGCAUGGCUCCUGUGUGCAUUAUGAACCACCUCAACGUUCCUGUGAAUUUUGGACAGAGAGGACACACCAUGGAACCACUGCCCAGCAACGAAAUGGCUUUUUUCACUUGGGACAGCGUCACCGAGGAUAGGAUAAUGCAUGUUGGUGUUUAA